UCAUGCAUUCCUAGGAGCUGGGCUGCAGGAAACGCCUAGUUCAGUCGCAGCUAGAGGCUAGAGAGCAGUAGGGAGUUCAUGAACACUCCCCGCCGCCUCCCACCCUCGCUGCAGACAACACUCCUACGCGCAGCGAGAGAACCGCAGGCUCCCUGGACACGGUUGCCGGACUGUCCAGCAUGUGGACAGCCUUCACCAGAGGCACUCAAUGGAAGGCACUAAGUGAAGGCACGAAUUGUCACUGAGGAUGGAAGAAACCAGGGAAAAUGCUGCCAAUCUGAGCCAAAGCAAACAGCCUGUGAAAACAGAAUGGGGGUCGCAGUGUGUUGUAUUUACUUACUUCCAUGGGGACAUCAACAGUGUGGUCGACGAACACUUCUCAAGAGCUUUGAGCAACGUCAAGAGCCCGCAAGACCUAAGUAUGAAGCACAAAGACCUAAGAAAAGAUAGCAUGUCUCCCCAGCCCUGGAAUUUCUCUUCUCACUGGACCAAGCCAUAUCAGUCCUCUCCUGCUAUAAACGUGUCUCCUUCAGGCCUGAAUUUGUCUGCUGCUGCUGUGCAAGCCGACUAUCAGCCACCUGUUCUGCAGAGUCAUCUGACUCAGCCUGCAGACUUAUGGCACUUUCCUGCUAUAGGCAAUCCAGGCCUCGUGAGCUCGGGACAUCACUCCUUUCCUGACUUGCAUGUGAUGCAAGGACCAGCCUCUGGUGGGAAAUAUGGUUCUCUCCUUGGUCUCCUGCAACAGGAAAGGUGUCCAGUGCCUAGGCAGGACCCUGUCAUGAAGCAAGACUCCAGCCCUGCCUGUAUGGCUGGAUCUGCCAGGUUACCAAACACGAGUCAAAGUUUAACUCCUGGGGAAGAAAAGCAAGUGCCUAUCAAGGCUCAGAAAACCCUGGCAUGGGCCUGGCUGGUGCAGGUAUCCACAACACAAGGCGAGAUUUAUACUUUUAGCCAACAUGAGUUUCUGCUCUGUUCCAUAGAAACACUCUGAACUUUUCAUGAUCUGCAGUUGUGAACCAAGAGCACUUGGAUCACAGCCAACUUGUUUUUUUCGCCACCUGUCAAUGGAAAGACUACAUAAUGCUGUUUGCUACUUUGUCAAUGAAAACGAUUUACUUCCA